CUGGGCUAUCGGCCGGCCGUGCACGGUCCACUCCGGGAGGCGUGUCACAGGAAGGCUCCCACACCGGGAAUGUGGAGCCUGCUCCAUAGGAUCCCGGCCCUGGCCUGGAGCCCGGAUCCUGGCCCCGGCCUGAAACCCGGAUCCCGGUCCCACCGGCUGGCCAGGACGGGUCCCGCCAAUCGGAGCGUCCACACUUCGGAAAACAGAAGCCAAACAGGCAGAUGCAGGCAGCACGCCGGUCUGCCUGAGAGGAGGAAGACAUCAAACCUGCUCUCCGUUGUCAGGGAGCCGGCCCCAGUGGGCUCCAGAACCCGGGACCUGGUGCCCCGGGUCUGCACCCAGUUCAGCUCCCUCACCCGGGCGGUUUUCACCCAAUCGCCUUCCCACCUCAGACUGUGUCUGGAAGGAAGUUAUGUGUACGCUCCGUCGGCCAGUACAGCCGACUACAACCGGGACUCGCCGGGGUAUCCCUCCUCCAAGCCUCCCAGCGCUGGAUUCCCAAGUUCCUUCUUCAUGCCAGAUGGUCACCACAGCGGCGAUCCCUGGAGCAGCAGCAGCAGCAGCAUGAGCCAGCAGGGUUACCACGGCAGCAUGCUGGGGGGCGGGAACUCCGCCCACGGCCCCCCCCAGAGCUCCUCCUACUGCGGGAUUCACCCCCACGACAGACUGAGCUACCCCUCACACUCAUCCGCAGACAUCAACUCCAGCCUCCCCCCCAUGUCCAGUUUCCACAGAGGGGGGGGCGGCGGCGGGGGCGGCGGCGGGGGCAAUCACUACAGCACCGCCUCCUGCACGGCCUCCACCAACGGCACAGACAGCGCCAUGGCUAACCGAGCACAGAGCGGAGCAGCCAGCAGCUCUCAAACAGGAGACGCCUUAGGGAAAGCACUCGCAUCGAUCUACUCUCCAGAUCACACGAACAACAGCUUCUCGUCCAACCCCUCCACCCCGGUGGGCUCCCCACCCUCGCUCACAGCUGCCAGCUCAGCCGUCUGGUCGAGGAACGGUGGACAGGGAGCGUCGUCGCCCAACUACGAGGCCCCUCUGCACUCUCUGCAAAGUCGCAUCGAGGACCGGCUGGAGCGCCUGGACGACGCCAUCCACGUGCUGCGGAGCCACGCGGUGGGGCCGUCCACGGGGAUGAGCGGCGGCCACGCCGACAUGCACAGCCUCAUCGGGGCGGCGCACACGCACAACGGAGCCAUGGGCGCGCUGGGCAGCGGCUACGGGACGGGGCUGCUGUCCGCCAACAGACACUCCCUCAUGGCGGUGAUGAAAGGCAGAGAGCAGGAAGAAAAGGCUGAAGGAGAAGAGGAGAGGCGGGCGAGGGCUGAAGGAGCAGAGAGAGGCGUGGAUAAAUACACGGAGGUGGGCUCUCACAGAGAAGACGGCGGCAGUUUGCGCGGGGGACACUCCAUGGGCGGUCAGGUGUCGGUUCCUCAGCUGCCCGUCCAGUCGGCCACCUCGCCGGACCUCAGCCAGCCCGACCCCUACCGCGCUCUGUCUGGAGGCCUUCAGGGUCAGAGCACCUCCUCAGUCAGCUCGGAGAUCAAGUCUGAAGACGAAGGAGACGAGAACCUCCUUGAGGGCCCCAAGUCCAUGGACCCCAAGAAGGAGGACUUGGACAGCAAGGAUCUUAAGUCUAUUGAGAGGUCAAGAUCUAGGAACCAGCCUCUGGACUUUGAUGAAGUGAUCAAGUGUGAUGAGAAGCAGCUAAAUGCAUCAGUACAGAGACCUUUCUGUGCCGUGCGCGGCGGGCCUCUCCCGCCUCUCUGGGCUGGGCUGCUCACAGAGGACCGGAGACUCCCGCUGGCCGCGCGGCGCUGCCUUGACCUGGUGGGUCUCUCCACGGCCUUGGGCCUGGUUUUAGCUGCUGCUCACACAACAGACAACAAUGACGACGAGGACCUGUCUCCGGAGCAGAAGAUGGAGCGGGAGAGGGAGCGGCGGAUGGCCAACAACGCCCGGGAGCGCCUGCGCGUCCGCGACAUCAACGAGGCGUUCAAGGAGCUGGGCAGGAUGGUCCAGCUGCACCUCAAGAGCGACAAGCCCCAGACCAAGCUGCUCAUCCUGCACCAGGCCGUGGCCGUCAUCCUCAGCCUGGAGCAGCAAGUCCGAGAACGGAACCUGAACCCCAAGGCGGCCUGCCUGAAGCGCCGGGAGGAGGAGAAGGUCACCGUGACGUCAGACGGGACCCCCCUCUCGCUGGCCGCCGCGCACCACGCCGCCGCCGCCGCCAUGGGCGACGGACCCAACCCCAUGGGACAAAUGUCCAAGGUGCCAGAGUUCAUCAAGAUGAUGAGUGACCACUUCCUCUGACGGCGCUCCGUCUCCACGACGGCCCGGCAAUCGAUCCAACCCGUUGUCUGCUUCAGCCCGACCAAUCGGUUUCUCUGGAAUUUCGGCCUGACCAAUCAGAUCAGCCUCUGCCUCUCCUGUCAUCCGUCGCCUCCGACCCCCGUCUGUGCCAUCGUCUCCUCCGUCUGUCGGGAAGAGUAGGGCGGCGCCGGGCGCGGGGACGCCGCACACGGCUGCUCCCAGCCGCCAGCUUUUGAUACCAAGUGACAGAAACGGACUAAAGUCUUCAUCCAAGAAACACCUCCUUCUUGUACAACACGUUUUAUCAGCAUUCCCAGUUCCGAAGAACAAAAAGGUUCUAUAUGAAUAUAUAAAGUUGAAAAAAAAAAAUAUACGGAUAUAUGAAAAUAUAUUGAAAAAAAAGGACUUUUUAGAAAGCGAAACUUGACGCGAGCGGGGAGGCAGGUCAGGGUGGGGAGGGGUGCUCGGAAUGGAACAAAACAUAUCACAAAGUGUUUAAAGAGAUUUUUUAAAGCAUCUUUGCGCAGCUGCACCUGCAGCCCAGCGCGCCGCUGACUGAAUGGCAAUCUAACGCCGCACUGUGGAUGAAGCCGUGCCUGAUCCCCUCCUGGAUGCAAAGUCAGACAGACACACACACGCUAAGGUGGACGGCCCCCCCACCGAGAGCAGGACCGGCUCCCGGGAAGGCCCACAACGCCUCCACCAGGAGGUCAGGAAGCAAAGCUCUGCCCAGCCCCGCCUCUCCCAGAGGCCCCGCCCACCACCGCCGGGAGGGGAGGAGCCCCUUCAAACGCCUCACCACCACAGGCUGUCAAAAAGAGGAGCGGGGGGGGGGACAACCGGGGGCAAACUGCGCUCCUCCUCCGGCCGGAACGUUGAUCUUUUAGCGUGCCGGUGUAAAACAAUCUGAACGGUGGCGUCUGUUGUUCGUGCUUCAUGCUGUUAGCUACGUCCACCCUCCUCACACCUCACGCAGACUUGUACAAACUCAUGACUUUGUAGUCCAAAAUAAAAACA